UAAGAUGGGUAAUUAUUGGAAAGGUUUUGGUGUAGGUGAUGGUGAGAAAACAUUAGAGAAAUUAUUGCACGUUUUGUAUUGGGUUGGGAGUGGUGAGUGAGCAAAAUAAUAAGAUAUUAUGAAUGCGUAUCCCAUAACUCUAUGAGUAUUGUUUCCUUUGUAAGUUAAAAAAAUGAGGAAGCAUAAAGGGGACAAGUGGUGGCUCCACCUAUAUCAUAGUAGCACUCAGAUCCCAUUAUCAAAAUAAACUUCCUUAGCAUUCAGAUCUCACAACCAGAAAAACCAGAUGCAAUUGCAAGCUGGAAUCAUUAGUCUCUUCCAGAGUUUAAUCAGACAGACAAAACCUAAUUUUCUGCUAAAUUCCAAAGAAAAACCAAUAUACAAUUCCAGACUGGUCCUGUCUCUUCCAUCAGCCUUCUUCUUUUGCAAUCAUUUGUCUUCUUCUUCCUUCUGCAUUUCUUUUCUUUAGUCCCAGUAAAAGUCACACAAAAACUUACAUAUUUGACAACCUCAAACUCUCACACCUCACUGUGUCUCUGAUUGCAACGCCCAAAGACCUAGCCAAAACCAUUUGCUUUGACAUUUUCCAACUCUCUCUCUCUCUCUCUCUCUCUCUCUCUCUCUCUCUCUCUCUCUCUCUCUCUCUGAUUUGUUCUAUAAAACUAUCAAUAUAUUAAUAUGGGCAAUGAAAACCAUCAGCAGCAUCAGUUUUACUAUCAGAAAAGCACAUUCCUUCCAAUGCUCUGUUCACGACCUACCAUCAAAGACGUCACCAUGCCACGGUUCAGAGACCCUUCUGCUCCCUCCGCCAACGACCCUUUAUCCCCAAGAAUCAGUUGCAUGGGUCAGGUCAAGAGAAACAACAAAAUAGCUGGCAUCCCUCCCUCUCACAGACUUUAUUUCUCAAACAAAACUAACACAUCCUCCCCAUCUCUCAAAUACUCCAAACUCAGAAGACUCUUCUCGGGGAAAAACUUCAUCGUUACCACCCCCAAAACCACCACUGCCGCCGCCGCCGCCGCCAUCCCAAGCUGCAGAUCAAGGCAACAGCUUUCGGAUAAGCCCAGAAACCAAAAGUUUCUCAGGAGUGAGAACAACAACAAUGUUGUUUGCAUGAUGAGCAUUGAAGACAUGGAUCCUCCUUUGCCUGUGGUGAAAAGAGUUCCCAAGUUGGAGGAAGGAAAAGAAUUGGAUAGUCUCUGGAAAAGGAGAUCGGGUACGGCUAGACCUGCACUCAAAAGUUUACAGCUUCAACAGAUUCACCAUCCGAGGAUUUUUCAUCAACCUCCAACCGUUUGAUAAUCAAAUCCACAGAUCCAAUCCUCGAUUAUUACAUUUUUUUAUUUUAUGUUGUUUUUGUUUUCUCAUAUUGUUACGUACAUCAUCGUAUACAAUGUAAAGGGUUUUCUUCUCUCUUCUAAUUUUCCAGGCUUCCCA